ACUUAACAAGAGGGCGUACAUGAUGCAUCUCCUAUAAUAUAACAAACGUAUCAUAACACGUUUGUAAUUCAAAGAUUAAAUGAAUGUUGAUUUAUUUUCAAUUAUUUGAUUAAAUUAUAAAAAUACGUAUAUUUUUUCAGUUUCUUUCUGUUUUGUAGAUUAGAAAUAAAACAAUUGUAUCGUUUGAUAGUACAAUAAUAACGACUUCAUGAUAAUUACUAGCAAAACUUUUGUUACAAAAUGUGUUUACAAACAUUGUGUGAGCAUGAUAUUUUCAAUUUAUUCGUGACUUUAUUUAAUUAUAAUAUUUAAUAAAAUGAGGAAUGGCUGAAUUACAUAUAAUUGGUCGAAUUUCGUCGGCAAAAGAUUUUAAACAACCACGACUUUUAUGCAAGUGGAGUUUUCAUGCUGGUAGUGGAUGGAAAAUUUUAGAUGGUUGCGAAGAAGGACAAACUCAAGAAAGUUGCGAUUUAUAUACCAAUGAACCAGUUUGGGAUCAUCCCAUAGAUUUAUACUAUACAACACAAACUCUUCAAAAUUCACCAAAGCUUUUGUUGCAAAUAUUUCAUAGGGAUGCACAUGGAAGAAUAUUAUUUGGAUCUUAUGGUGUCUGUAAUAUCCCUUUGUCUCCUGGAUUACAUUUUAUAAAGUGUCAUACGUGGAAACCAAUUGGUAAUUGGAAAGAUAGAUUAAGAGAUAAGUUUUUAGGAAUAACUUUACAAUUGAAAUCACCAAGUGUUUUAGUUAAUUCCUUGGAUAGAUUUGAGUUACUUACAGAAAGUAUGGGUACAGUUAAAAUUGAAUUGCAUAUACUCGCACGAAAUUUUGAAAAAUAUGGAUGUCAUAUACACAUCUUGACGUGUGAAAUAUAUAGAAACAUAAUCACUAUGUUUUUAAUAAAAUUUAUAUUAAUAUUUUUAUAUCUCAUAUCAAAUGAUUUUAUAUCUCAUGUCAAAUCAAUAUAUGCAAAGAAAGUUGAAGAAACAUAUACAUGUGUAAAUGAAACAGAAUGUGUAUAUAUUUUAGAAGAAACUUCAAGCACUACUGUGGAAAAUAUUUAUAACACAACUAAUAGUAUUAUUAGUAGUUCUACAUAUCCAUCACAAACUCCAAAAUUUCAAUUAGUACCAACUACACAAGUGCCUCAUAAAAUUAAGUUUAGUAAUGAAGCAAGAAACCAAAGUGUAUACAAAAUAGAUUCUGAUAUAUGUGAAUGCGAUUUAACAGUAUCGUCUUGUGACAUUAAUUGCUGUUGUGAUAAAAAUUGUAACAGCUUUCAUUUAACUGUGUUUUCAUAUUGUGAAAGUCAUCAACCAGAAUUAUUUGAUAAACGUUAUUGUUAUAAUAGAAAUUUUAUACAACGAAAUAAUACUCCAUUUAUACUUGAAAAAUUGGCAAACAAUCUUUUUUGCAUUUUAUAUGAUAAUCUUCCACCUACUUAUGAUAUGAACUAUGAACUGGAUAUAAAAACUGCAGAAGAUUUAAGAAAAGUAAUAAAUUCAAAUAGACCAACAUGGAAAUGGACAGAUCAAAUAUAUAUACCUGAAUAUAAUACUUUUAGUCCUUAUCAAGAUGGUGAUGUUAUGUGGAUAAUAUAUAACAAUUAUAUUCAACCUUUUGAAAUACUACAAUCUGGAUUUACUGCAUUGUGUUCUUUUAAGAAAACUUUAAAAUAUCUUCGUAAUUGGAAAGAUCAGUGUUUGCAAACUGAAUUAAUUAACACAAAUAAGUUCCUAUUUCCUACAGCAUUUAAUAAUUUUACAAUUAUACCAUCUCCUCAUUUAUUAAAUGAAACUUAUAUUUUAGUAUCAGAUCAGGUGUGUCCCAAAAAUGUAUGUUUAACUUUAACUAAUUAUUAUUGUAAAAAUUAUUGGAAAACUUGUAGCAAUAAUACUUUAUUGGGAUCAUGUUCUAAUGGAAAGUGUUACAACAUUGUAACAGGUGUAAAAUAUUUAAUUAUUCACAAUGGUUCUAUGGGAAUUAAUCAUGUUGAUGUGUACUUUAACAUAGGUAAUGUUUCUCAACAUUUUUACCAACAAUUUCAAGUAAUUUAUGAGUGGGUAGAAUUGGAUAAAGAAAAAAGUUUCUCUUUAAGUGGUAAUCCUGGCUAUAUUAUUGGAAAACCAUUAAUUAUUGGCACUUUAAAAGUAAAUAAAAGUAAUAAUAUAGAGACUAAAUAUAUCAAUUUUAAUAGAACUAGUAGUUUUUUGACAUUACCUAUAGCUACAAAAUCUGGUGAAUGUAAUAAGAUCGAUAGAUAUACUCUUGCUUUUGGGGAAGAUAUUAAGUUAAAGUGUUCUAUAUUUUUACACACUAAUAAUUUCGGUACAGUACCUUGUAUAGAAUUACAAAAUCUAACUAUGCGUUUUUUAAUGCAAGAUACUUUAUUUAACAUUACACAAACAGACCAAUACAAUAUUUAUGUUGCUAAGUCAGGUAAUUUUUCCAGUAAUGAUAGUACUGAUUGGGCACAAAUUUUAUUGGAUAGAAUACCACAAAAUGUUAUAGUAGGACAGUUUGUUAAUGGUCGUUUAUAUUGUUCAGGACUAAUAACAUCUAUACAUUUGAAUAUUUUAUAUUCUGCUUUAACAAAACCCGAAACAUUAAAUAAUCAUAUUAUAAUAGGAGUCGGUAUUACAUUUUCUGCAGAAUCCAAUAUAUCUUGGUCAAAAUGUUUAUAUGAAAACUGUUCAGAUAUACUUAAAGUAGAUGUCAUAAGUUACGUUACAUUUCAUGAUAUAUCAAAGCCGUCCAAGUAUUAUUUUGCAGGAGGACCUAACUUGGAUAUAACUUUGCCAUAUGACUUUUUUUAUCCUUUUUUAAGUAGUUCAAUCUGUGUUAAGUCAAAUAACUUUUUAAUUAGUAUAAUAUGGGGUAUGAUUUUGUAUAAUUUAUUUUAUUGAUCUCAAUGAUUAAAGUACAUACUUUAUCCUUGUACUUAACAUACAUAUUUAUUUAAUAUAAUAUUAAGUGUGACUUUGUACAAUUUACUGAUCUCAAUGAUUAUCCCAAUUUGUUGUUAAAAUAUUAUUUUAUUAAAAUACUUAAGACACAUAUUACAAUAUAAAUUAAGAGAUAAGAUAAAAGUGUAGAUAAAGGAAUAAGAAGUCUCACAAGAUAUGUAAAAUUGCUAAUUUAUAAUAUAUUUAAUUUAUUUCACUCGUGAAAUAAUGUGUGUUUAAAAUAAAUAAAU